AAUUGAUUUCUCGUCAAUCAAUCAAUACUCGGCUCUCCGUUCACUUUCUACCCCAUCAUCCGACAUAAUAUAUAUAUCUCCCACCCUCGAUCGAAUAUGCUCUAGAUAAUCACCAAGAACCCAAUCCUACCCAACCUGAACCGAAUCAACCAUCCACACCCACACCCACCGCCACCCAAACUCCCCAAAAGAAACGAAACAUGCCCACACCAUUCCCCGCCAGAAAACCACCCUCCACACCUGCCAAAGCAAAGUCGAAACCGAAGAAAAACACAAGUCUUCUCAGUUUCUUUCAGAAAGCCGAUGGGCCGCCGAAAGCCACGUCCCGACAAUCGCGGAUUACGCAGUUUGCGACGAAGACGGAGGGGGUGAGGAGAGUGGAUACCGCUUUUGGGAAGGAUGGGUCUGGGGGGUUGUUUUUGGAUGAUAGGAAGAAGGGGGGGAGUGUGGUGAGUGGGGGGAGGGAGGAGAGGGAGAGGGAGAGGACGCCGGAGGAUAUUUGGGAGGAUGGUGGUGAUACAGUGGUUGGUAAGAGUGAUAAGGGUGGGGGGGAAGAGGGGCGAUUUCAAGAGAAUGGGGGGAGUGUGAAGAGGAGGAGGGUUGAGGAGGAUAGUAUUUCCCCGGUUGAAGAUGGGGAUAAGGAUGAGAAGAGCAGCGAGAGUGGUGGUGGCUCUGGCUCUGGGACGAAACAGGCCAAGACUAAGGCUAAGGCUCGAGUCAGUGGUCCGUUCAUUGACGAGUCUGAUAGUGAAAGUGAGGAUUUGGAGCAGUUCCGGGAGUAUGAUAACGGGAUUGCGCCGAUUGAAAAGAAGAAGACUUCUCUGGAUGAAGAGACGAUAGAGAACAGGUUGGAUGAAACGACAGACGAACAACGAAUUUCCGUCGACACACCACUGGUAAGAAAAGCCACGAGCCACGCCGAUGAUGAUUAUGCGAAUUUUGACGAUAUAGAAGAGGAUGCAUUCCGAGGGGAAGAAGAUUUCUUAGGUGCUUUUGACGACGAUGAGGAUCUCAAGGAUGGCCUGGGACUUGAACUGGAUGAUAAUGGGGAAGAAGGGGACUUUGGCUGCGAAGCGCCGGUGUGUCCGAUAUGCCAGGCUGUUCUGGCUGGCUUGACAGAGACGGACGCCUCGGUACAUGUGAACGACUGUCUCGAUGGAAAGCCUACGGUAUCGUCGAAAUCGGAGCCAGAGCCAGAGCCAGAGCCAGAGCCAGAGCCAGAACCAGACCCCGAGGUUUCGAAAGCACUUAGUCGUGCGGACAAGGCUGCUGUCGCGAGACCGGCGCAGCGUGAUCCAUAUGCCACCGGCGUGGCAGGGACAAGAUCAGCAUUUUCGAAGCUCAUGGCGGGUAAUGCGGAAGAUACAGCAUGGACGGCGGCGGCGGCCAACGAGGUCGCAUCUCGUGGCAAACAGGCCUACCAACGGACGUGUCCGUUCUACAAGAUUAUCCCCGGAUUCUCCCUCUGCGUGGACGCAUUCCGAUACGGGGCCGUGGAGGGCUGCAAUGCCUACUUCCUCAGUCACUUCCACAGCGACCACUACAUCGGGCUCACGGGCUCCUGGCGCCAUGGCCCGAUCUACUGCAGCCGAGCUACGGCUAAUCUCGUGUGUCAGCAACUCAAGGUAGACCGGAAAUGGCUCGUGGCACUCGAGUUCGAGGAGAAGACGGAUAUCCCUGGGACCGGGGGUGCGCAAGUGACCAUGAUUGAGGCAAAUCACUGCCCCGGGAGCGCCUUGUUCCUUUUCGAGAAGCCCAUUGGUUCUGGUCCGUCGCAAAAGAUAAAUCGUGUCCUCCACUGUGGUGACUUCCGCGCCUCGCCCCUUCAUGUGCAACAUGCUCUCCUUCGUCCCGAGGUUGCUGAUCCGACGACCGGUAAGCACCGCCAACAACGGAUCGAUGCUUGCUACCUCGACACAACGUAUCUGAGCCCCAAGUACGCAUUCCCCAGCCAGGAAGACGUCAUCCAAGCCUGUGCGGACCUCUGCGUAGAGCUCGAUGGAGAUCCAGAUGACAGCAACGGACGGGCGUUUGGGCGACCAGUCAACGGGAAAAGCGGAAUGCUGAGCAAGUUUGUCACCACUGUGACGGGAUCUCGGUCAUCCCAGGUGCCAGUCUCACGCCCUCCCGGGCGGUUACUGGUAGUGAUCGGAACGUAUAGCAUCGGCAAGGAGCGCAUAUGCCUGGGGAUCGCGCGGGCGCUGAAGAGCAAGAUCUAUGCAACACCAGCCAAGCAGCGAGUAUGCGCCUGUCUGGAGGAUGCGGAACUGUCAUCGCUGCUGACGGACAAUCCGCAGGAGGCGCAGGUGCACAUGCAGACGCUGUUUGAGAUCCGAGCGGAGACGCUGGCGGACUACUUGGACUCGAUGAAGCCGCAUUUCACGCGGGUGGUGGGAUUCCGACCGACGGGAUGGACGUACCGACCCCCUGCUGGACGCAUCCUCGACAACCCACCGGUGUCGGUGGUACUCAACUCGGCGCAUUGGAGGACACCCUUCUCAAGCCGGGAGCUGGUGCCGCAGCGCGGCAGCACGCGGGAGAGCGCGUGUUACGGGGUGCCGUACAGCGAGCACAGCUCGUUCCGCGAGCUGACGAUGUUCUGCUGCGCACUGCGGAUCGGACGGGUAAUUCCGACCGUGAAUGUAGGCAGUCGGAAGAGUCGGGAGCGCAUGAAGGCAUGGAUCGAUCGAUGGGAGGCGGAGAAGAGGAAGAGCGGGUUGUACCCAGUGGAGGGGACUCGGUGGUAA